AUGCCAACGCAGACAUCUAAACGGCAGCCACUAAGUUGCGAAAAUUGUCGCAAGAGGAAAAUCAAGUGCGAUGGCAAGAAGAACCCAUGUGAUACUUGCGUUCGCCGUGGCUAUGGACACACUUGCCUCUACAUUCGCCAGGCCAUUCCGCUCGCCACUAGCAGCCCACGUGGCUUAAAUGCCGAAGCGCUACUCCAGAGAUUGAUGCGAGUUGAGUCCCUACUCGAGCAGCACAUUGAGGAUACCUCCAGCCAACGGGUCACUCCUCGGGAAUCGACCACUUCGGCCUCCCAUGAUCGGCUAUCCAUGUCCAGCUCUUCUCCUUUCACAGAGCCAAAUCUACAGCCAGCAGCAUUUCCUCCUCCGAAAAUCAGAGGCACAAUUAUCACAUCGCCGAGAGGCUACCAGCGCUUCGUGCCAGGGGUUGCUUGCUCUGAUGCUGCUGCUGUAAAUGAACUGCUCCAAUCUGACUCGAGCUUUGCCAUGGGCUCCGACUUUCCUUUCUUUGCAGGUAGCUCAUGCUCGCGACAAUCUCUACUAGAUACUCUGCCCCCAACUCGCCAGUGUGAGGAGCUCAAGUCGGUUUUCUUCCAAGUCUUCUCCCCGCUUUUUCACGUCUUGCACGACCCGACGUUCCAUGCACAUUACGCCAAGUUCCGCCAGAACCCAUCAGAUGUAUCGUUGUCGUUUCUCGCCCUGAUUUUUGUCAUUCUCUCUAUCGCCGUCACCGCGUUUGAUGAAGGCCAUCCGCUCCUGGCAGAUUUAGGGCGGGAAUCAAGUGCCGCCGCAAACAUCAGAAGUCUAGCCGGGAGAUAUAGAUCUGCUGCCAUGAGAUGCUUAUCAGCAGAUCAAUUUCUUUGGCAACAUAACCUGCAUACCAUGCAGGCCUUGGUUCUACUCAUCUACGCCAUCAAUCAUGCUCACGGGUCGUCGUGGGCACUAUUAGGAGCCACACUCAAUAUUGGGUUUUCUAUUGGCCUUCAUGUUGAGCCAUCGCAUCUCGACCUCGCUCCGGUACUGAGCGAGGAGCGACGACGAUGCUGGGCCGCGCUCAUGUUGCUGUACACAAUACAAAACACGUGUCUUGGCAAUAUUGCGCCACAGAAGAUUAUUGCCACAGUCAAUUUGCCAGCGGACAUAGAUGAUGAGCAGCUCAUUGAACAGGGUAGUAACAUUAUCAUCCAGGAAGGGAAGGCGGAUAAUGCGCCGACAAAAAUGUCUUACCUACUAUACAAAUUCAAGCUCUACCAAAUUGCUGCCGAGGUUUGUGUGUAUGCACAGGGAGAUGCUGAUCUCAACAAGGUCACCACUUUUAACCACAGAAUUGACAUGGAGGAGGAGGAGCAUUCGGUCAGGUUUGCGCGCCAUCAAGACCUUCCAGUUUACCAUCUAGCACACUACAUCAUUCUUAAAAACUACACAAACCACUUGCGGCUUGUUCUUCAUCGCCCCUAUCUUCAACACCAACCAAGCGCCUCCAACAGUGCCCCGAUGUCCAGCAACACAGUCGUGAAUAGCAGGCGCAUUUGCCGGAUCGCCGCUAUGAUGAUCUUGGAUAAUCACAAGCAGCUCUUCGAAAUCGACCUCUUCCGACCUUAUCGCUGGUAUAUUUACGGAAUUGGCAGCUUCCAUACAUUUCUCGCAGCCUCGACGCUCGUGGUGCUCUUGGUAACCUCCUUCAACGAGGAUCACCCCUCAGACUACUCGAUCAGCCUCACUGCCCUGCAGGAUUGUCUUGUGCGUUUCGAAAGCAUGGCGGCGAGAAGCGAAAUCUGCGCCAGAGCAGCUUCAAUACUCCAUCGACUACUCUCAAACUUGACGUGUUCAUCAUCUGACAGCAGUUUUCAACAAGCAAGGCCUCAUCCGCAACAAACCGGUUUGACUGUCUCGAACAACGGCUUUGUUGCGUUGCCUUCCGUGACCGAGACUACUUCAGUAUACGACACCACAACUUCUCCGGUGGCUUCCAAUUCACCAUCACUGGCCUUCCACAACAACUCCUCCUUUUACGGCCCUUGUCCACCAGAGCUGCAAAAUCUCGUGCAACUCCCGUCCGAACAGUGGCUGGGAGGGCCCUCGGCUUUCUCAUGGGCGGACUGGAACUGGGAGCCUACCCCAGCGCCUUCUGCCAUGGAAUUCCAGGGCGGCAUCUCCUCCCACUCACACUCACAGUCGUUUCUUAGAGAUACUUUGAUCGAUGUCUGA